GGCCGGCCCAGCCGCCAUACAUGCCGGCGGGCGCGCGACCUGUGUGACUCCGGGACCCCCAUUCGCCGCCGUUCUCCCCUCCUCCCGCUCCCAGAUCACGCCGCCGCACACGUCGCCGCCGCCGGACGUGUCAGGCGUCCAUCUCCGCUGCGGAGGUGAGCACCCCCCCUUAUCCAUUCCCUCCUCCCCAUUUCCACCGUCAUCCCCUCCUGCCCCCUCUUCCGUCCGCUGGCGCGCCACUCCCUGCACCCCGUCGCCGUCCAUCUCCGUCUACCGGCGCGCCUCCUCGCCGCCGUAGAGGCCACUGCUGCCGCUGGGAAACCUUAAUCGCCAGCAGCCAUGUCCAUCAGAUCUCUCAUCGUCGCAUCCAGGUCCAGAUAUGCCCUUGCCGCUUCCACCAUCUCUCAGGCAACUUCCAGGGCGCACCAGCACGCCUGCGUGCCUCCUCUGCUCUCGGGGCUUGGACCACUCGUGCGCGCCUUUAGCUCAAGCGCUGCAGUAGCAGAUGUCAAUUCAGGUGUCCGUGUCAUGGAGGGGCAGAUUUUGCCAAAUGUCUACUCCAAAGGGUAUUCUACUCUUUUGGCUCCAGCAAAUGAAGCGCUGAUUCCACCGGAACUUCUAUCUAGCAAGACUGUCUGGACACCAGACCGAGAGCUUGGGCAGUAUGAGGACCUAGUAGCUAGAGUAACAAACUUCCAUAAUGAGGACAAUGGAUUCAUGGUUUUGGAUGGUGAUGUUUUUGAUGUUCCAAUUAGGAAGGAUAUCGUUCACAGGGUAGUAAGGUGGCAGCUUGCUAAAAGGCAACAGGGGACACACUCAACUAAAACUAUCAGUGAAGUGAGCGGCACAGGACGAAAGCCUUACAAGCAAAAAGGAACUGGAAGAGCACGUCAUGGAACAUUGCGUGGUUGUCAGUUUCGAGGAGGUGCAACUAUGCAUGGCCCGAAACCACGAAGCCAUGCAUUCAAGUUGCAGAAGAAAGUACGACGUCUGGGACUUAAGAUAGCCUUGUCUGCUAGAACAGCUGAGGGGAAGCUCUGCAUCUUUGAGGACCUAGAAGUCCCUAGCCACAAGACGAAAAACAUCGUGCAGUACAUCAAGCAGAUGGAUGACACGAAGAAGGUUUUGUUGGUGGAUGGAGGCGACAUUGAUAAGAAGUUAAAGCUGGCCACUAAAAAUCUUCACUACGUGAAUGUCAUUCCUUCGAUUGGCCUCAAUGUCUACAGCAUCCUGCAGCAUGACACCCUCGUAAUGACUCGGGAAGCCAUCAACAGAAUCGUUGAGCGGAUGCACACCCCCAUCAGCCGCUAGCAAAGCAGGGCUUCAAAUAACCUUGCUAUGCAUACGACAUCUUUUAUCCAGUUUUGGUACAGCCGUUCAUGUGUAGGCGAAAGUGCAGCCCAACCCUUUGAUUAUCUGUUGUAAGGAAAACGUAGCACUAGUGUUUUGUUGCAGACGCUUUAAUGAGAAAUGCUAUGGAGAACCUGCGUCCAUCAGCAGUCGUUCGCUUUUUCUA